AGCUAAUGAUGCACCGCCGUGCUUCGCCUCUCAGCGCGGCGGUGAGGGCCGGGCAGCGCUGUAACUGGAAACCGGAGCCUUCACCGUCACCGCGCGGCCACUUUCCAUUCACUUCUAGGUGCUUCAUUGAGGGCUGGGGAGAAGCGCUCCCGGUGCCUUAGGAUUAUUUUACAAAGGAACUGGGAGUACCUUUGCAGCCACGAGGAAGAGAGACUUUUCUUUAUGGUUUUUCCUUUUAUUUUAUUUCUUCUCCCCACCGCGAGCCAGGUUUGGAAUUAAAACGUUCUGGUAACAGGAGUGGAGCCCAUAAACUGAUAGAAACCAGAUAGAAAUCUGUAUUACUGGUUCGUCCAAUAGCUGGGUUUCAUUUCUUGGAUAUUAACUUGCAAAUCUGAAGAGAUGGCAGUUCUUGCACUGCACGCGGUGUUUGGGAUAUUUAUUUACUUUAGCAGUGUAAAAGGAUCUUCCCAGCCUCAAGCAAGGGUGUUUUUAACAUUCAAUGAGCUGCAAGAGACUAAGACCUCCGAAUACCACAGAAUAUCACACAGUCCUCUGGAUUACAGGAUAUUAUUAAUGGAUGAAGAUCAGGAUCGAAUCUAUGUGGGCAGCAAAGAUCACAUUCUGUCUUUGAAUAUCAAUAAUAUAAGCCAAGACCCUCUUAGUAUUUUCUGGCCAGCAUCAGCAAACAAGGUUGAAGAGUGCAAAAUGGCUGGCAAAGAUCCUACACAUGGCUGUGGAAAUUUUGUGAGGGUGAUACAGUCAUACAAUCGCACACACCUGUAUGUUUGUGGCAGUGGAGCCUUCAGCCCAGUGUGUGUGUAUGUCAACAGGGGACGCAGAUCUGAGGAACAAAUCUUCAAGAUUGACUCGAAGUGUGAAUCAGGGAAGGGACGCUGCUCUUUCAACCCAAAUGUGAACACAGUGUCUGUUAUGAUCAAUGAAGAGCUUUUUUCAGGAAUGUAUAUUGAUUUUAUGGGGACAGAUGCAGCCAUUUUUCGGAGCCUGACCAAGCGGAAUGCCGUGCGAACUGACCAGCACAACUCAAAGUGGCUGAGUGAGCCUAUUUUUGUAGAUGCUCAUGUUAUACCAGAUGGCACUGACCCCAAUGAUGCCAAAAUCUACUUCUUCUUCAAAGAGAGACUGACAGACAACAGUGGCAGCACCAAGCAAAUUCACUCAAUGAUUGCAAGAAUAUGUCCAAAUGAUACAGGUGGUCAGCGUAGUCUUGUGAACAAGUGGACUACAUUCUUGAAAGCAAGACUGGUGUGCUCAGUAAUGGAUGAAGAUGGAACAGAAACAUACUUUGAUGAGUUAGAGGAUGUGUUUCUUUUGGAGACAGAUAACCCCAGAACAACACUUGUGUAUGGAAUUUUUACAACAUCAAGCUCCAUUUUUAAAGGCUCAGCUGUGUGUGUGUAUCAUUUGUCUGACAUCCAGACUGUGUUCAAUGGGCCAUUUGCACACAAGGAGGGCCCAAACCAUCAGCUGAUUCCAUAUCAGGGCAGAAUUCCGUACCCACGACCUGGCACUUGUCCAGGAGGAGCUUUCACACCCAAUAUGCGGACAACCAAAGAGUUUCCAGAUGAUGUUGUGACCUUCAUUAGAAAUCAUCCUUUGAUGUAUAAUCCCAUUUACCCAAUACAUAAGAGGCCAUUAAUCAUCCGGAUAGGAACGGACUACAAGUAUACAAAGAUUGCUGUGGACCGAGUGAAUGCUGCUGAUGGAAGAUACCAUGUCUUGUUUCUUGGAACAGAUCAAGGAACUGUACAAAAAGUUGUUGUCUUACCCACCAACUUCUCUGCAAGUGGAGAACUCAUUUUAGAAGAGCUGGAAGUUUUUCAGAGUAAUUCUCCUAUAACAACAAUGAAGAUUUCAUCUAAAAAGCAACAGCUGUACGUGAGCUCAGAGGAAGGGGUCACACAGGUCCCCUUGCACCGCUGCCACAUCUAUGGGACUGCCUGUGCUGACUGUUGCCUCGCCCGAGACCCGUACUGCGCCUGGGAUGGCAACUCCUGCUCCAGGUUCUAUCCCACAGGGAAAAGGAGGAGUCGUAGGCAAGACGUGAGACAUGGAAACCCUCUGACUCAGUGCCGAGGUUUCAACCUGAAAGCAUACAGAAAUGCAGCAGAAACAGUCCAAUAUGGAGUAAAAAACAAUACCACCUUUCUUGAAUGUACACCCAAAUCUCCUCAGGCUUCCAUUAAAUGGCUGCUACAGAAAGAUAAUGACAGGAGGAAAGAGGUUAAGCUGAGUGAGAGAAUCAUAGCUACUGAGCAAGGACUUCUCAUUCGCUCUGUCCAAGACAGUGAUCGGGGGCUUUAUCACUGCAUUGCAACAGAGAACAAUUUCAAGCAGACCUUAGCAAAGAUCAAUUUCAAAGUGCUGGAUACAGAGAUGGUGGCCUAUAUGACUGACAAGUGGUCCCCGUGGACCUGGGCCAGCUCCGUGCGAGCCCUGCAGUUCCACCCGAAGGACUUUGUGGGAGCUUUUAGUCACUCCGAAAUGCAGAUGAUCAACCAAUACUGCAAAGACAGUAGACAGCAAGGUCAGCGGAGGGAAGAACCCCAGAAGAUGAGAGGGGACUACAGCAAACUAAAGGCCCUUAUCAAUAGCAGGAAAAGUAGAAAUAGAAGAAAUCAGUUACCUGGUUCUUAAUUUUAUUUUGCAGCAGGAGAUAUCUUUGUCCUCACUGUAGAGGGCUUAUAUUUGUCUGUUGAGAACGAAGUUGUGCAAAUACGAUGAAAAAUUAAAUGAAAUUACAACAAGCCUCGGAAAAGAUCCUCCUUCCAAUAAAAUGCAGUGUAACUCAACUAAAGAAAAGAUGUGGAGCAUUUUCAGUCCUAGAUGCUUACUGGCACUAGGUUAGGCUAUGUCAUGAAAACAAAAAUGAGUGUUCUUCUUAAACCAGAUUCAUAUUUAGUAUCUCGAUAUUUAAUUACAGUUCAACAGAAAUUUUUACAAACUCAGUGCAGUAUCUUGCAACUCUGGAGCUGUACCAGACUGGUGGUGGAAGAAUCUGGAUUAAGAUGCACACCCCAAGUAGGAUGGUACUAAAAUUUCUUUGCACUGCAUUUAUGAACACGAGUUUCUACUUGUUUACUAGUUGAUACUGGGUUUACAGCUUUCACUCACCGUUCAAAUCAUGUAAGUACAUGCAGAUAAGAUGCACGUAAAGUGUAGUAGAAAUGUGUCAUUCAUUCAGAGGUCAAAUGAAGGAAUGAGUAGAAAAAAAAUAUGUUUUUAUACUUUGUCAGAGGAAACACUGAUUAUUGUGCAUAGUAUGGGUUGUAAUAAAUUAAUGAGUUCUGGAAUGUAACUUAAAAUAUCUCUGCUCAUAUUGAUUUUUAUUAAUAUACCAUGUUCAAUAACACUACAUAGCUUUAUAAGUGGUACAAUGCUAAUAUGAGAAUGUUCGUUAUAUGUAAAAUUCUGAAAAGCACCUAAGUGACUUGGGUAUUUUAGCUGUUUUCAAAGAAUUACACUCCUUUGGUUUGUUUUUCAAAAGACAGAAUGUGUAAGAGUGUUUAUUCAAAAAAAAAAUCUUUAAUCUAUUCCAUAGUUAAAUCGAGGUUGGCCUGCAAUAUAGAAACAAGUUUUGAACAUCUUUGAAAAUUUUAAAACUUAUUUUUUUCAGCUUCUCAACAUGGAAAAUAUUAUCUAGAUUUUUUAAAUUAAAGCAUUUCCACUUUUCUUUUUAAUGUUGUUUUCACAGUUUCCUCCUCUAUUCUGUUUUUCUGCUGUAAAGAAUAUUCGAAAAAGAACUGAAAAAUGAAAAGAUAAGAAAGAGAGAAAACAAUAUUUAAAAAACUGGUUAGGGUCAAAAAACAAAAAGUAUAACAACAUUUUGAGAGAUACAUUUAAAUAGGGAUAUUUUUGUUCAAGGAGAAGCUGUCAGGCCUAAUGAAGUUCAUCUUGUUGCUAAUUGGUUGCAUGUGCAUCAAGCUAUCCUGGUAAAAACAAUCACCUUUUUUUUUUUGAGCAACACCGAUACCAAAAAAAUAGGGACAGGUGUUCCUUAUUUUACUGUGUAAGAGUGUUUCAGAAUCCACUGAGUCUCUUCUGAGGAAAUAGACACCAGGGAUUCAAUCUGUGGGAGUAGCUUAGAAAAAUUAUGUUUUAUUUUAUGAUGGCAUCAGCUAUUUAACUAAGUAUGGUCAGCUCAACAAAAACAAAAAUUAAAAAAGGAGCUUUCUAAAAAGCCACUGAAUGAAAACUUCUAAGCCCAGCAAAAUUAAGAAAAAGUGGUUAGUACCAGCCAAUAACAUGGAUAUUGUACUUUAAAACACAGCUUUAAAAAAUUUAAUGGGUGUUUGUUGAAACUCUUGGGCAUUAUUUCGAUUCUACACUGGUCAUAACUGUGGAGGAUGUAGGAGGACACCUCAAGUUUCAUGCCAGUGUAAAUGAAGAUCUAGUGCAAUGGAGUUAACUCUUGUUACUUAGAUGAUACCAUAGUUCUUUAUGUCAUAUCAUUGCCACCUGACUUAGAAUAUCUGGGAAAUGGGCCCUGAUUCGUUAAACCACUUAAACACUCUCCCUAAGACCCUUUGAUGCUGAUGGGCGUUCUUGGACUUGGGUUUAUGUGCUUAGUGCUUGUUUCAAAGGGGAUGGCAAUGCCUACCUGUUCAUGUAUUACUGUGCAGCUAAGUGCUUUCCUUAAUCAAGGCCUAAAUGCAUGUUUCUGCAGCAUGCAGACACUGGUAUCUGAGGUUCUUCUCAUGGAAACCAGUGGGUAGAAUUUCUCUUCGACUUCUGCAAGCUUGAAUCUGGCCCCAAGAGAUAGCAGAAUAUUUUCUGGUGGGGGAAAAAAAAAAAAAAAAAAAAAAAAGGAGAGAGAGGUAAGAGAAAAGAUAAAACUUUGUUUUCCCAGCUGACUUUCAGUGCAGCAAACUGCAUUUUUUUUUUUUUUUCCCAAGGACAACUGACUUCUGGAGUGUGUAACUUACAAACCAAAAACUGAGUGCCACAAAAUGAAACUACCUCCUGGAAAGACGUUAGUGCAUAUGCUCUGUGUGCUGCCAUGCUCUUCCUAUCUCCUAUUCACUGCAGAGUUAGUGUGAUCUUAAUGUCUGUUGUGAGGAUCAUAGUUGCUUCCAGAUGGAAUACAGUGAUUAAUAAGUAUUUAAGGCUACAAUUUACUCUUUUAAGUGGUUAGGUACAGUGAUGUUUUAAUAGGCCUCCAUUAGGCCUCAAAAAUUAUAGUUACACUGUUUUCUAAUAGAAUACUGGCAAUAAGGGAAUCCGCUAAAACAAUCAGCAUAGCUCAGAGUUUUGUGUGAUUAUGAAAUAAUAUUUUUAAAGCUGCUUCAUAUACCAUUAUUAUGGUAUGACUGUUUAAGGGAUUAUACUUAAACUAACAUUUUUCCUGCUGCAUGAAAACUUCAGCAUAUAUAUAAUAAGCUUCUGUCAGUGCGUAAGCGGUUCAAGCUUCCACGCUUUAGCAGCCUUCCCCUGUGUAUAGAGUAGUCAGGAGCCAGAUGCUCAGCUGGUAUAAACUGAUGGAACUUCCUUGCUGUCCAUUUAGCUACUGUGCAUUCUGCCAUCUGAGUGUUUGGCCCUAAAUGUACAGAAUACACAAACUGCAAUUCUCCUUUGUUUCAAGUAGCCCCUCUACUGUAGGCGACACCAAAACUUAGGACUGUAAUAUUAUUUGUGCUAUUUAAUACUUCCUAUUUUGAGGAUUACUAAAUAAUGUAUAUAAUUUUAUUUCUUAAAAAAUACAAAAGCAAAAAGACUUCUAGGUAUAACUUCACCAAAUGUAAAGAUAUGUUCUCUGCUAAGAACUUCACCGUGUACUGAUAUUUUUGGGCUAUUUUUAUUUUGUGUAGUUUGUAAAGUUCGCUGAAAUCUUGACCCAAUGAUGUGUUCUUUGCAAUUGUUGUUACUGUAGAUAUGCGUGUUUUAUUAAGAAAAUCCUGUUUUUAAAAGUGUAGGUAUGUGUAUAAGUUUCUAGCACGAUGAAACUGUCAUUACAGUGAAUAUGCAUUAUAUGGUGUGUAAGAAAGAACAAAAUGUAGUUUAAAAUAGUAAUAUUUAAUUGAAUAUCUAAAAUACUAUUUGCCUGACAAAAUAAAGUGUGUUGCAACAAGUUAAA